AUGGCGAACGAAGGAACUAAGAUAAGUGCUAAGGUAAGGGUUUUCUUUUGGAAUGAGAAGCUAAGUCGGAAUCAGAUUUCAGAAUCGGAAGGACUGUGCGUCAUUAUUAUUCGGAGGAAAUACAAGAGGCUUCAUCCCUGUCCAUGUAUAGUUUGCUACCCUCCUGACAGCCAUUCGUAUGAUACAUAUUGCUCUACUGUCAUCCGGUUUGAUCUGUCAAGGCUACUCAACAAGGAUCCAUUCUUGUUUUCCAUGAUUCUAUCUGAUACUCUUCUAUUUACUCCCAAAGACAUCAUACAAAUGUCUAAUGAAAUCAAUUCUGAUCUUUUCACCAAAUUUUGUCAGUUUUCUCAACCACAACCACGACAUCCCUACGUGAUUGCCCUUGAAAUCUCCCAAUUUGAUCUCAUCGAUUUUUCAUCAUAUUGUUCUGUUCCAUCUGUACCAACUUUUCCCCAUAUCCCCUAUUUCUCUAGGUUUGAAAAGGACUGGGAUGAUGAAGAGGAGCUUCACACUGCCACCCACAGUCUCUCUACCACUGAUUACAUCAAUGAUCCAUAUCAGAAGUACUUGGGUGAUGUGCUCGAGUACAUGUAUGUGUUAAGGGAAUAUACUGGUGAAGGUGGAAUUUGCCCAGCCAAACCACCCAUUGCAGAGGAUUUACCAAAAGGACUUAAGGAAAUCAGGUGCUCUCCAUCUCCAACUCCCGUAUUCAAUGACUAUAUCAGAGAUUUAAUGGAUGACACUUUCCCUGUUUGCUAUGAAGAUUUUAAAGACGAGAAUGAGAAUGUGAUGCACUACGAGAAGGGGAGUGGAACAGUGAUAAAAGUCGAUGCGAUGUGA